AUGGCCGAACCGGACUCCAACCCGCCUUCGAACGAAAAGCCCCUGGCAAAACAAGCAGACGAUGCCACCAAAAGCACAUUAACAGUCCUCUGGAACGACCUCCCCAGAUGGAUGCAAGACAACCACUACAUCCACUCCGGCUAUCGUCCACAGUCCAACUCCUACUACACCUCAGCCGCUAGUCUCGGCUACCUGCACAACGAGAGCGUGAACAUCUACACUCAUCUCGUCGGCGCUCUUCUCGCGGUGUUUGCCGCAGCAGUGCUGUACGUGGAAGUCCGGCCGCGGUUUGAGAUGGCCACGCCGGAAGACAUCAUGGUGUUCUCGUGCUUCUUCUUGGGUGCUGUGGUUUGCUUGGGGAUGUCGGCGACGUACCAUACCAUUUCCAACCACUCGGAGACUGUGGCGAAGUUUGGGAAUCGGUUGGACUACAUUGGGAUUGUGGUGUUGAUUUGGGGGAGCUUCAUUCCUUCAAUCUACUAUGGCUUCAGCGCUGAGCCGAACUUGGUGAGGGUGUAUUGGACUAUGAUCACGACCAUCGGCGCCGGCACGCUCGUUGUUGUUCUCUAUCCAAAGUUUAGGACACCGGCCUGGAGGCCCUUUCGAGCGUUCAUGUUCAUUGCCAUGGGUCUCAGCGCAGUCGUGCCAGUCCUCCACGGUCUGAAGCUGUAUGGCUAUAAGCAGCUUGAAGACCAGAUCGGCUUGUCGUGGCUCGUCCUCCAAGGAGUGCUGUAUAUUGCAGGCGCCUUGAUAUAUGCAGUAAGCCAUCCCUGGCCCAUCUAUUUAAAUCAGACGCUGACGAUGAUCCAGUCACGAGUGCCGGAAAAGUACAGCCCGGGCACAUACGACAUCUGGGGCAGUUCUCAUCAGAUCUUUCACGUCCUCGUUGUCAUGGCUGCCGCUGCACACCUCGCUGGGCUGUUGAAGGCGUACGAUCAUGAGCAUAGCCACCGAGCGGCGAUUAUGUCAAGCUAUGGCGAGCCAUGGCGGCGGUACUUCAGGCCAACAACGAACGGGACAAGUCCUACCACGAUCGAAGAGCACGAAAGAGCAGUGGAGCAAAUAGCGGCGAGCGUGCGGAGCUUUCAUAAGCGAGGGGAGAAGUUCAGGAUCUUUCAUGGCUCGACAAACAGCACACGAAGGUCAGCACUGGGUCGCGAUCCCCGCAAGGUUGUUGAUACGAGCAAGUUGAAUCAUGUGGUGGCUGUGGACCAGGAGAAGAUGACGGCGCUGGUCGAGCCGAACGUGCCGAUGGAUCGUUUGGUGGAGGAGACGUUGAAGUACGGGCUCAUACCGCCGGUGGUUAUGGAGUUUCCCGGGAUCACUGUGGGAGGUGGUUAUUCUGGAACCAGCGGCGAGAGCAGCUCGUUCAAACACGGCUUCUUCGAUCGCACGUUGAAUAAAGUGGAGAUUGUACUGCCUACCGGCGAGAUCGUCAUGGCCUCCGAGAGCGAGAAUGCGGACUUGUUCAGAGGCGCGGCUGGAGCUGUUGGGACACUGGGAGUGACCACGAUGGUUGAGAUGCAACUACGUCGGGCUACCAAGUACGUGGAAACGACCUACCAUCCUGUCCAGGGCAUGCAGGAGGCGAUUGAGAAGCUGCACAACUUCACUUCAAGGCCGGACGAUUUCGACUAUAUCGAUGGUAUCAUGUACUCCUUGAACAGCGGCGCGAUUGUCACCGGCAAGACGACCGACACGCCUCGCCCUGAGCUUCGAGUACAACGCUUCGGCGACCCUCGAGACCCUUGGUUCUACCUUCAUGUCAAGGACCGCAUCGACGAACAAGCCGGCCCGACUACGGAUGCAAUACCUCUCACAGACUACCUCUUCCGGUACGACCGCGGUGGGUUUUGGGUUGGAGCUGCGACCUUCGACUACUUCCCCGGCGUUCCCUUCAACAGCUUCACACACUGGUUCUUGGACGACUUCCUACAUACCCGCAUGCUCUACAAAGCCUUACAUGCCAGCGGCCAGAACGAGUACAUGAUCAUCCAGGAUCUUGCCCUGCCUUACGCCACCGCUACCGAGUUCGUCGAGCGCAUGGACGCAAUGACCGGGAUCUGGCCGCUCUGGUUAUGUCCGCUCAAGCAGAGUCCGGGACCUACGAUGCAUCCGCACAUCGACGAGCAUGAAGCGGAUGGGUCGUUGAAGCCUAUGCUCAACAUCGGCCUCUGGGGCAAGACACCGCCCGGGAAGCGCUUCGUCGACGUGAACCGCGAGAUCGAGCAAACCCUCCAAGAGCUCAAGGGCAUGAAGUGGCUCUACGCGCAAUCGUACUUUCCGGAGGGCGACUUCUGGAAGGACUUCGAUAAGGGGUGGUAUGAUGCGCUUCGCAAGAAGUAUCAUGCUGAGCAUUUGCCGAGUGUGUACGAUAAAGUGCAUGUGGAUGUGGAGGCUGAGCAAACAGCGAGAGAGGAGGCAUCGGUAGGGCAGAGGAUGUUGGACAUGUGGCCGGUGAGUGGGUUGUAUGGGCUUGUGAAGGCGAUUGAGUCGGGAGAUUAUUUGAUGGCGAGACAUCCGGGAUGGAGGGACUGGGUGGCUAGGGAGUGA